AGAAAUUGUUGAUUCUCGACUUUGUAAUUGGAUAUAGCUGGAUUCUAACGUUCCAAAAUGUUACCCAGUUUACGACAAAUUGACCAUGAAUAUCUUAUGGGCAGUGCAGGUGAAAUUUUGGAUACGUCACGUUCUGUAGAGCCUAUAACAUCCAGAAGCAAUAAAAACCAUCCAUUGUAUGAUGUACGGGCUCGUUUCUCAGCAAAAUAUAGAAGAGCUUCCGGCACAGAGUGUCGACUUAGUGCUAGUUCCCCAUUUCUUCCAAAGACGUCAACAGAAGACUGUUUAAAAUGUUUAAUGAAAAUUCCACACAAGAAAUGUGAAUCUCAUAAAUAUAUUCGAGUUGGUGGUGGAUACAGACACGGGUAUUGGUAUAUUAAAUGUUUAUUAGAAGAAAUUGAACUUCAGAAACAACGAGAAUUGAUUAGACAAAACAGAUUAGAAGCAAUCAAAGAACACAAGGUCAAGGCCAUCAAGACUUAUAUCAGGACAAAAAGUGGUCGUUUAGUGGAAAGAAUUAUUUUCUUAUCUGAGGAAGAUUAUGAAGCUUUUAAAUCAGGAAAAGAUGUCAAGAACCUUCUGUCGAAGUAUCUGUCCAAAGACGAAGCUGCUGGACUUCAAUCGUGGGAUAAAGACGAGGUUAAGGCCAUCAAGACAUUGGUUAGAACUAAAAGUGGAAGAAUCAUCGAGAAAAUGGUGUACGUUUCUAAAGAUGAUUAUGAAGCCAUCAAAGAGGGCAAGAAAGACGCUAAAGAUAUCUUGAAGAAAUAUGUUAAAACUCAAGAUGGCGAAACAAUUGAAGGAUGGGACGAAGCCAAAAUGAAAACAAUUAAGACGUUUGUUAGAACAAAAAGUGGACGUGUAAUUGAAAAGACAAUCAUGAUAUCUCAGGAAGAUUACGAUGCCAUGAUCAAGGAUGGUCAUGAUCCUAGUGAUAUUCUAAAGAAGUAUCUUCCUCUAGAAGACGGCGAACAGCUAGAAUCAUGGCAGAGUGCCGAGCCCAUGAAAGCUAUUAAAACUACCAUACGAACUAAAAGUGGACGGUUAAUAGAAAAGACAAUCUUGGUGAGUGCCGAGGAUUAUGACAAAAUGAUCAAAGGUGGUGGUGAUCCAAAGGAUAUUCUAAAGAAAUAUAUGAACGAGGAAGACGGAGAGGUGACCUCGUGGGAAAAAGCACCAGACGGGAAGCCAAUGAAGGUAGUAAAGACUACCAUACGUACUAAAAGUGGUCGCCUGAUUGAAAAGACUAUUAUGAUGACGGAAGAUGAGUAUAAAGAAUUCCAGGAAUCGGGUGGUAAUCCUGACUUCCUCAAGAAAUUCAUCACUUUAGAAAAGGGUGAAGAGAUUGAAGACUGGGAGAAAGCGUCCACUGUGUAUUCUGCUGCUUCUGAUGAUAUAGAAUUUAAAAAGGCUAAAGCUGGACAGCGUAUUGUGGGUAAAGAUGGUGCUGUGUAUGAAGUAGUAGUAGAUCCUCUUACUGGUAAAAAAUAUAAAAAGAAAAUUGGGCAGAACGAAUCAGAUGUUGAUAGUGGUAUAGCUAGUAUGAGAAGAGGUAAAGGUAGAAAGAAGAAAGGAGGUGGAGCUGGAGGUUUGGACGAGUAUGAAGAAGAAACACCUAAAGAACGAGCUCGUCGUAAAGCUGGUAAACGUGAUGAGGACAGUGAUAGCGAGUAUAGUUAUAAAAGUUAUAAAAGUGAUGGAGGAACCAGACAUGUUACUAGACGAAGAAAGAAGGCUGAUGGUACUUACAGUGAACCUGAAUCCUAUCAUAGUGAUCAAGACGAAGAGGGUCAGGCAAGACGAAGAAGACGAAGACGAGAAAGAGCUCAUGAAGGUAGUGCUCAUAGUUACUAUAGUGUCGUUAGUGAAGGUGGUACGAGGAAGGUUAGACGUAAGAAGAAGAGAGCUGAUGGUACCUAUAGUGCUAGUGAAUCAUACCAUAGCUCAGAUAGCGAACUAGAAGGUGGUGGCCUGGCGUCCAAAAAGAAGAAGAAGAGAAGAGAACAUGGCAGUGACAGUGAACACAGUUACUAUAGUGAAGUUAGUGUUGGUGGAACUCACCACAGAAAGAGGAAGAAAAAGUUAAAAGAUAAGGACGGGAAGGUUAUUGGUUAUGCAUCCGCUGAGUCCUAUUCUUCAGACGAUGAAAGUGUUUACACUGAGGUUUCUGAUGGUAAGGGCGGAAAAAUGAGAGUGAAGAAGGAAAAUCCCAAGAAAGGUGGAAAAGGUGGUAAGAAUCAGGGAAAGGGUAAAGGAAAGGGAAAGAGGAGACCCUCGUCCGCUAUCUUCAGCGACAGCACAGAAUCUGAUGAUGUCGACUUAGAAAAUAUGACAGAGGAGGAAAAGAAGAAAUAUUUUGAAGGGAAAGCUAAACGAAAAGAGGCGAGAGAAGCUAGAAGGAGAGAAAAAUACGGCGAUAAAUAUGAUGAAAUGGUGACCCAAAAUGACAAACGUAAGAAAGAGAAAGAAAGGGCUAAAAAGUUGGCUGAGAGUAAGAAACCUAAAAGUAUGGUGAGCUAUGAUAAAGGUGCAAGACGAAGUGUGGUUGAUCCUAUUGUUAAGGAGAAUGGACCUCAUGACGGUAAAAAUAAGAAGAAAACUAAAGAUGGUCAUGAAGCAGACGAUGAAAGUGAUGAAGAAUCGGUGAUAUCAGCUGGUGGAACUCAUCACAAAAAGAAGAAAAAAGAUAAACAUGGUGCUCGGCCUGGAAGCCAGGAAUCUCAGUAUGAAUAUGAAUAUGAUGAUAAGGGUAGAGUAACCAAAAAGAAGAAAAAGAAAGGAGGCUAUGGUGAUGGAAGCGGAUCAGAAUAUGAGUAUGAAUAUGAUGAAGAUGGUAAAGUGAAGAGUAUAAAGAAGGUUGAUAAGAGAAGAGACAGUCAGAAAUCAGAUGGAGAUUAUUUUGAAGUGGAUGAGAAGGGGAUGAUUAAAUUAAAAGCUGGUAGAAAGAAGAUUGAUAUUAAUAGACUAACAGCUGAUGCUCUUAUCAAACUAGGAAUAGAUCCUAAUGCGUCUAAACAAGAAAUCGCUCGUAAACUUAAGGAGAUGUUUGGUGACGGUUUACUUAUAACUGAUAAUGAUACUAAGAUUGGCACUAAGCAUCUCUAUGAGUAUGGUAGCGAUGUUGGUACUGAUGAACUAGCUAAUGAUAGCGAUCUUGACAUAUCAGAUUUACAUGGUACAAGAAGAGUCAAUGUAUUAAUGAGAAGAGGUGGACAGGAAAUCAUUGACUUUAUGAAGAAAGUUUUAGAAUUGAGUAAACUACGAGAUGAUGAUUAUUAUAACGAUGUCGAUGAAAAAGAUGGUGAUAUCGACUUCUUAUCUCAUUAUCGUCUGGUAGACAGUGGUAGACUAGAAUCGUAUGCUCGAGCAUUCUGUGUAGAAGAUGGUAACCGAGAUAUAUGUUUAUCUUAUGAGGAAACGAGAAUGGCUUUAGGUGGUGUACCAAGUAUACAACAAAUAACAACUAAACAGUUAGAGUAUGUUUUGAAGGUAUUAAAUAUUAAUGAUGCCUCACAGAUUACCUUUAGAAUGUUUGCUGUUAUGACUGCUCUUUCUGAACGAGUCACGUCAAUGGAUCCGUUGAGUAAACAUCUACUAGAAAUAUGUGAUUUAUUAGAUAUAGAGAGGAAGAUGGAUUUAUAUAAAUCUAUGUUUAAUAGUGCUAAUACAGAUGGUGAUUCUAGUUAUAUUAAAGUUGAUGCUUUACGUAUAGAUCUGAUAGCUGGUGGUUUAAACUGGAAACAACAACAGUUUGUUAUGGAUAGAUUACAACCAAACUGGUUGAAUGAGAUUUCCUUCCUGGAUUAUAUGUGUUAUAUACCAUUGUUUAUGUCUAUGCAUGAUAACAUAGUAGAUAAUCCAUUAGAUAUGUCGGAUAACAAGUAUGAAGCUAUGAUGAGGAAGCCAUCUGGUAGUAAAAAACAACGAGACAUCAAUCCACUUGGUUUCCCAUUAAAACGAGAAUCUUCCUACCAGAUGAGACAACAAGCUAAAGAAUUGUUAGAAGGAAAGGUUAAAAUGGAAGAUAUUCGAGCCGAAAAACGUGAUAUGUUACAAAAAUAUACCAAGUUACCAAAGUUGCUGGAAAAGGAACCAACGCGAAAAACACCAGAUUCUGAAAUUUAA